UUGUAGUGCAGCCACAUGGUAGACCCCAGCUGCUAAUUUACAACAUGUUGUGAAAUUGUCUCGCUAUAAUCUAAGAAUUAAAAGGUUUCAUUAGCCAGAGGAAUUAGUAGCACACCGAUACGGUAAAUAUAGGGCAGAAUGUUCACCAAAGCGUUUCGUGUGAAGUCCAAUACCGUUAUGAAAGGAUCCGACAGGAGAAAGCUGAAAGCAGACAUCUCAGCUGCAUUCCCAUCCCUGUCUGCAGAUGACCUGAGCGAGCUUGUACCUAACAAAGAAGAAGUGAAUGUUGUGAAGAUUUAUGCACAUAAAGGCGAUGCCGUUAUUCUGUAUGUCCUCCAUAAGAACCCUGUGUUCUUUCAGUUGGAGAAACAGCUGUAUCCUACAGUGUACACGCUUUGGCGAUACCCUGAUUUAUUACCAGCAUUUACAACGUGGACUCCCGUAGUGCAGAAAUUAAUUGGUGGGGCAGAUCUCAUGCUGCCAGGGGUAGUGGUGUCCUCAGCUGGACUGCCUGAUGUAAAGAAAGGCGACUGCUGUGCUAUUAAUGUGGUGUCCAACAGGGCUCCAGUUGCUGUGGGUACAGCAGCCUUGUCGAGUAGUGACAUGAGGAGUAGUGGAAUGAAGGGGAAAGGAGUGAAUGUAUUGCACACAUACAUGGACCAGCUGUGGGCUUUUGGCGAUAAGACUGCUCCUCCUGUCACACCACUGACUGAUACUUCAGUACAGGCAGAUGGAGAGAUGGAUGGAGUGGAAUCCGGGGAAGGAGGAGAGGAUGAGGGGGCAGAGAAUGAAGGACAGCAUGGCUCCGAAACGGCUGCUGUGGAGUCGUCGUGUCAGAGCCUGCUGGACCUUAACCUCGGAGAACAGGAGCAAGAGGUGGAGACAGAAGAAGCCAAGGAGGAAGUGCAGGAAGAAGAGAAGGACUCCAGAUCACCACAAGAGCAGAUGGAUUCUCUAUUGUUUCAGUGCUUUCUCCAUGCACUAAAAAGUAAAGUGAAAAAGUCAGAGCUCCCCCUGCUGACUGGCACCUUCCUGCGCAAGCACAUGGCCUCUUGCUGUCCUAGGGGAAGGCAUCUUGACAUCAAAAAAUCCAGUUAUAAAAAGCUUUCAAAGUUUCUGCAGACCAUGCAGAAGGAGCAUAGUCUAAUUCGGGUGAAAGAGUUGAGUAAAGGAGUUGACAGCAUUGUGGAGGUGGACUGGAAGAACCCGGAGCUGUGUUCCUUCUGCGUCCCAGACGACUGGGAGCCCCCAGAGGAGAGUGUGGAGGAGGGAGAGAACUGUGAAGUGUCUUAUCAGCCCCCUGAAAUCACCCCUCUUUAUGGGGUCACCGCACGCCUUGAGCCUCUUUUCCAGGAGGCCCAGAAGAAAAAGGGUUCAGUAAUCCAAGCUAGCGAAGUGAGGACCAUCGUCACUGAUUAUGUGAAAAAAAAUGAGCUUGUCCAUGAAACCAACAAAAGUUAUGUGAAAGUUAACCCUGUGCUGUGUGACUGCUUACUGGAGAAGUCAGAAUACCAGGAGAUAGAGGUGUUGAAAUGGGAUGACCUCUUCAGCAGGACUCUGAACAGGAUGCAGGCAUGCCAUCAAUUGCAGUUUCCAGGACAGGCUCCUGUGGUCAGGAAAGGACAGGUGGAAUCCAUAGACAUCACUGUAGCCUCCAGGGGCUCAAACAAGAAGGUUACAAUAAUAAAGAACCUGGAGGGCUUUGGGAUAGACCCAGCUGUGGUGGCAGACACCCUACAGCAUCGAGUCCAGGCCAGCUCAGUCCUCCACGACAUCCCUGGAGCCAAAGACCGACAGCUGGUACAAAUCCAGGGAAACCAGGUGCAACAUGUUGGCAGACUGUUACUAGAACAAUAUCAAAUACCUCGCAAAUAUAUCCAAGGUUUGGAUAAAGCACCAAAAGCAGGCAAGAAGAAGUAACACACAUCCCACUCUAGUGACUGUAUAUUAGUGUAAUGUAGACAAAACUACUGGCCCCAGUUAUCCUUUGUGUAAUAAGACUACUCCAUAUUGCAUGAAGACAAAUCAUCAGAAUUCAAUGUAGUGUCACAUUCAACCACGCAAUAAAAAAACUGGAAAAAAGUUUGUAAAUCA